GCCAGCGCCACGUGAGUUGGGUAAUUCCCGUUGGUAAUAGACUACGAUUUUAUCCGGUUAAGUUAUUCAACAUAAAGUUGUUUUCAAAGAUACCGAAAAUGAGACUCUUCGCUGCAGUAACGUGUGUGAUUGGCAUUGCUUUUGGUGCUGUGGUCGCUGGUGUUGAAGAGGAUGAUGCAACUGAGUCACGUACGGUGCCUGAAGAAGGAAACCUCACCAUCUCUAUUCAUAUUGAGAAAUUGACUGAAGACCCUCAGGUUUUGGUGACCCGUCUCAGAGGAGGCUCCUCGCAGGAACCGAUAGCUCAGAUGAUCUGUCAUAAAGGAGUCUGUGAACACCAGAGCUGGAGAGCUGGAGUUUGGCUGAUAUCAGAUAGACAGAAUGUUACUCUGAUCCUGUUGAAUGUCAGCUACAAUCAAACAGGGCUUUACAAGGUUCGCAAACAAAGCAACAAACGACUCGAAAACAAGAUUUACAACAUUACCGUUUAUUAUGAGCCUCAGCUCAGUACCAUCAUCCCAGAGAAAAUAGCUUCUGCCACGAAAAGUGAAUUAACUUCAGGAAAAAGUGCAGCUGUUGGGAUCGCAGUUGUAGUGGUCAUCGCUUUAGUGGUCAUCAUUGGCGCUGUCAUUUACAGGAAACACAAAAAGGCAAAUUCUGACAAACUGCCCCAGGACAUGUUACUAGAUGACAUAUUAUUAGUGUAUUAUUGAAGCUCAUCCAGGACUAAGCUGAAUGGAAUAAAACGGGUCGACUAUAAGGAAUCAAAAUGUCAUUUCCCCUCACUGAGGAGUUUUACCACUGGUGCUGUUUUCCCAAGAGAUUCCAGGUGAAUCAGCUGUCUUUGAUCAAAUAUAAUUAUGGCUCCAAGCACUGAAGUCUGUCCACCAGGUGGAGCCAAAGGUUUAGAAAUCCUGUUUGAUCUAACAGUUUCGCAUCAGAAUGAAUGGCUAAAUUGAUUGCAAACAGUUAAUUUGUUUGUAGCACAACUGUACACUAACAAAAGCUCUUUUGGUAUUGUUAUAUUGUUAACAUUUCUGUAAAAGCACAUUUCUUUAAAGAAAUUUCUAAUUUUUAGUAGCAUUUAAAGCCAUAUAAGUAGCACAUUUUCCUGUCAAUCGCUUUAUUGCAGCUUUUGGGAUCUCUGAGUAUUAAGCUAAUUCUGUUUUUCUAUUUUCAUCAACUUACCGUAUUUUUCGGACUAUAAGUCGCACCUGAGUAUAAGUCGCAUCAGUCCAAAACUACGUCAUGACGAGGGAAAAAACAUAAGUCGCACUGGACUAUAAGUCGCAUUUAUUUAGAACCAAGAGAAAACAUUACCAUCUCCGGCCGCCAGAGGGUUAGCGUCCUCUUGUGACUAUAGACGGUAAUGUUUUCUCUUGGUUCAUGUCUCUUAGUUCAUUUCUCUUGGUUUAUGUCAAAUUAAUUUUGAUAAAUAAGUCGGACCUUGACUAUAAGUCGCAGGACCAGCCAAACUAUGAAAAAAGUGUGAUUUAUAGUCGGAAAAUACGGUAAUCUCCAGUUGAGAUUCAAGAUCUGAAAAGCAAUUAUACCACUAAAUUAUUCAUAUUUGACCCUGGAGCACAAAGGUAGUCAUAAGUAUCACAGGCAUAUUUAUAGCCAACAAUACACUGUGUGUCAAAAUGAUCAGAUUUUCUUUAAUGCCAAAAAUCAUUUGCAUAUUAAGUAAAGAUUCAGGUUUCAUGAACAUAUUUUGUACAUUUCCUACCCUAAAUAUAUCAAAACUUAAUUUGAUUAGUAAUUUGCAUUGCUAUGAACUUGAUUUGGACAAGUUUAAAGAUAAUAUUUUGAAGAAGGUGGGUAUUCAUGUACUUUCUUCAUAUAGUUUUUACUUUCAUUAUUCUUUCAUUCAUCAACUUUUUUGAUGUUUUUGCACCCUCAGAUUUCAGAUUUUCAAUCAGUUGUAUCUCACCCAAAUAUUGUCCGAUCCUAACAAACCAUACAUCAGUGGAAAGCUAUUUUAUUCAGCAGAUGAUGUAUAAUUUACAAUUUUAAAAAAACUGACCCUUAUGACUGGUUUUGUGCUCAAAGGUCACACAUAAGCUGUUGAGUUUGGACCAAGAUAAUCCUCAUGAGGCUUUAUUUAUUAUUGUUUCUGGUAUUGUAAUAUUUUUGUAUUGUCUGUGCAUUCUGUUUGUAUUUAUUUUAUUGUUAUUUAAAAUAUAUUCAAGUCUCUGUUAGUCUUCUCUUAAA